AGCGAGCAGCGUGGAUGCUGCCUGCUAACUGUAGCUUCUCUUCAUCCUGGGAGACAAGCCUGUUCUGGGUCUUUCAAAAUCUUCCCUAGACCUGUGCAUGGAGCUGUGACUUUGCGAUUCAGCUGCCACCACUGCGUUCACGCAAGGCAGGACGCGGCUCCGACACUCAUUUCACGUAAUGCCAACGUCCCUGUCAACACGGUGAAUCCCUCGCUGGUCCGUUCAUCGCUCAGACAGGACGGACGGGCGAGUCGCGAAGUUAAGUAUGCCAGCUCCAGUUUCUCACCGGACCUUGCCAGCUGGACACGUCCUGGUCGCAUGCCUUGGAGAUGGAAGCGCCUUUGAUCUGUGAAACAACAUCUACCCGAUAAUGGCCCAUAAGAUAAGCAGUAUAAACACGGCAGCUCGUCUCUCUCCUGUGGCCCAGCUGGGCGUCCUCCUCUCCCUCAGCCAGACCAGGCCCAUCCUCGCCAUCUGACCUCCGCCAAACGGGUCCAGUGGGAAGUGAGGAGCCAUGAGACUGGUGUGGAAGUCCCUGGACAAAAUGCGCUGCUUCAGGAAGCGCUCCACCAUUCCCUUCCUGGUGGUCCUCAUCACCUUCCUGCUCUUUAUCAACCUCUACAUGGAGGACGGCUAUGUGCUGGAGGAAGAUAAAAGACAGCUCAGAGAGACAUCACUGCAUCCUCUGAAUUCUGAGCGAUACGUUCACUCCUUCAAAGACCUCACCAACUUUUCAGGAACCAUCAAUGUCACCUAUCGAUAUCUAGCUGGCACCCCCCUGCCAAGAAAAAAGUACCUCACCAUUGGGCUAUCAUCUGUGAGGAGAAAACGGGGCAAUUACCUCAUGGAGACCAUUAAGUCCAUAUUUGACCAGUCCAGCUAUGAGGAACUCAAAGAGAUUGUGGUGGUGGUGCACCUGGCGGACUUUGACCUGACCUGGUGUGAGAACCUGGUCCAGGAGAUCUCCAGGAAGUUCGCCCACCACAUCAUCGCUGGCCGGCUCCUGGUCAUCCACGCUCCUGAGGAGUACUACCCCUCGCUGGAGGGGCUGAAGAGGAACUACAACGACCCUGAUGACAGGGUCCGCUUCCGCUCCAAGCAGAACGUCGACUACGCCUUUCUGCUCAACUUCUGCACCAACCUCUCCCAUUUCUAUAUGAUGCUGGAAGACGAUGUCCGCUGCUCGCGCAACUUCUUGACCGCCCUGAAGAAGGUCAUCACGUCCAGGGAAGGCUCCUACUGGGUCACCCUGGAGUUCUCAAAGCUGGGCUACAUCGGGAAGCUGUACCACUCACGGGACCUGCCCCGGCUGGCCCACUUCCUGCUGAUGUUCUACCAGGAGAUGCCGUGCGAUUGGCUCCUGAUCCACUUUCGGGGUCUGCUGGCGCAAAAGGAUGUGAUCCGCUUCAAGCCCUCCUUGUUCCAACACAUGGGCUACUACUCGUCCUACAAGGGGGCUGAGAACAAGUUGAAGGACGACGACUUUGAGGAGGACUCGCUCGAUCUCCCGGACAACCCGCCGGCCACUCUGUACACGAACAUCAAUGUGUUUGAGAGCUAUGACGCGUCCAAGGCCUACAGCAGUGUGGACGAAUACUUCUGGGGCAAAGCGCCUUCAACAGGGGACUUCUACGUCAUUGUGUUCCACAAGUCUAUCAAAAUCAGCAAAAUCAAGAUUAUCACCGGGACGGACGACCGUCAGAAUGAUAUUCUGCACCACGGGGCACUGGAGGUGGGGGAGAAACUGGUGGGCACUAAGAAGGGCAGGCAGUGCAGCUCAUACGUGACCUUGGGAGAGUUCAAAAACGGGAACAUCGAGGUCCAGGACGUGGACCGCAAGAUCUCAUUUGACAUCGAGUGUGUCCGUAUUGUGGUGACAGCCAGUCAGAAAGAGUGGCUGAUCAUUAGAAGUAUAAGCCUUUGGACUACACAGCCACCUAAUCUGUGAGGACACCGACAAACUGAAACUCGCUGGCACAAGUCAUUUGCCUCUUAUUUAUUUAUUUAUUUAUUUAUGCUGUUUUCAUUUGAUCUGUCUCUGACUUAUUUAUUUGUAGUUGUUUGUUUGUUUUUAUUCAAGUGAGCUUUCAAAAUAUUGAACUCAACAUUGUUUUGUAAAUUGUUUUUCUUCUUCUUUUGAACCAGCCAGUUGUGUUGUGGGUCCUGAAUGAUGUAGUACUGGGAAGAACUGUACUGUCGCUUUGAACAUUUGAACAGCUCCUCCUAGCUAAUUCAUUUUUUUUGUACAUUUCUUUUUUACAUCCUCAACAUUUUUCUGAAGGUACUGUUCCUGUCAGCUAGCACAGGGUAAAUAUUGCCUUGAAUAUCCAGUGUGUCGUGGCAUGAAUUCAGUCAACAGACUUGGUUCCUGUUGUCCCCUCUCACGUGGUGCCAGAGAGGCUGUUUAUUGAAUCAGCCUUGAGUCACAGAGGUCACUUGAGAGCAGUGUUUUCUGAGUGCCAUAUGUUAGUUUGCUGGUGUGUUUGCUCAGACACAAAUCUUGGAACACGGCAUUUGCCCACCCCCCCCCCCCCACCCCCCCUCCCCAGCCCAUCGCUCUCAUCAUACCAGGAAGUGUGAUUCAGGCUUACAUUGACAAAUGAGGUAGACCUGCUCUUCCUGCUUUUUUAACCCCAGUACAAUUUUACAAGAGUAAAUUGGAUUGUGUUUGGUUCUGUUUCCCCAAUAUUGCACCAGCAACAGCACACAACACACAACACACACAUACACACAAUUUUAAAUUGUUCCUCUUUCAGCCACCCCUAGAGGUUCUGUUUUAGUACUGUGGGCGUUGUAUUUGUGAGAUUUAUGAAAGAGACUGUGAUAGGUGUUAUUUAUGAAUAACAAAAAAAAUAAGCAUAGUUUUAAACAAUAGACAAAAAACAAGACACAUUUUUUUCUCUCUAUACACAGUAUAUCCUAUUUACACCACAAUCACAAUUAAUUAGGGUUGUUACAUGCAUGUGACACUAAAGUAAAAUCAGAAAACCUGUUUCUUGGAGGACAAGUUUAUUUAACUGACAAUGCAAUAACCAUAUCAAUGUUUACAUGAGAUUUAGUUGAUUGUAGAAAUAUACUGUGAAAAUUGCACAAGCUACUGGAAUUGACUUUUGGUUCUAGCCCAUACCCCUGCCACCUCCUACCAGCACACAUACAGUGUAGAGUUGAACAGUGUGUGGAUGUCACUGCUGCCGUGGUUCAUUUCUGUCUAUAUCAUACAAACCUUUCCAGUAUUAACUUCACAUGGACAUGGUUUGCAGAACCUUGAAAAUAGGUUCAAGGUUGUGGUUGGAUUGAGCUACAUCUUGAGUCAGGUUGUAGUGUUAUAACAUCCCCAAUAUUGAUGUUCCCAACCUGAAUUAGUCAGUAAUCCAUCUAUAGGCUCAAAUGGGCUAAUACAGGCCUUUACUGAUACUAAACAUUUCCUCUUAUAUUGUACAGUACACAGUAGGCAGGAUGGAACACAUCAAAUCCCUAAUACUACUGAGUAGCAUUACAUUGAACGGCACCAAGCUGUGUAUGUGCUGCAAGUGUCCAGUGCUAAUCCAGUAAUCCAAAAGCUGGUGCGCAGUACGCCACCAGCAGCUGAUAGCACCUCGGGACAGCAGAGCCUUAGUGGUCACUCUGUUUGAUGGGCUCAUGAACUCGCUCACUCAGCCCGUUCAAAUCCCAUACACACACACACACGCCACUUUUCUGCUGACCAGGACGAUCCCAUGCCUCGCCGUGACCUGCGUUCGCCCUGUCCACAUCCGACCCGCAGCGCAUGGGAGCACCGUACGUGGGCAUCAUGUCAUAGGUAUUCUGCUGUCAGUGUGUCGACUGUUUGAAACACACACGUGGGAUGAACAGACACAUGUACACUCAGACAAGCCAAGUUCAAAUGUUUCUGUAGUACUAAGGCAAGGUUUUAACUGUAAGAGUGAAUAAGUAUGGUACUGAGAAUAAUGUCAUACGUUGGUUGCAUUGUAUUAUGAUGUUCACUGUUUUCUGCACAAAGCACAGACUGUACAAUAUACAUACCUUCAUGUUGACAUGAUCCAUUUAGAUCAUGUCAGCGUUAAGGUACCGUAUGCAAGACUUAAGCGGUGACAUGAAACUAAUAAUGUGGGGUUUUACUGUCUUCAACAAGAGCUGUACGGCUAGGCUAUGAUGAUGUGACUGGAUGCAUGCACUUCAAGAAGAAACUUUAACAGUGUGUCAGAGGCCUCUUGUAUUUAGGAUCUAUGGCUUGUUUAUCAGUGUCUGCUUUUGAACUUUUCUGGCAAUGUUCUGUAUUUGGUUUGUAAUUUGACAUGGACCAGUACUACCUUACAACAGCCUACAUCUCACUUACUAUGUGCAUAGCUGCCGAGCUGACCUGAGCGUGUGAAGGUAUUGUACAGUGUAGUGUUGUGUCCAUGUUCAUUCCCUGGCCCCCCAAGCCCUCUGUUUGUCAUAUAGUACUGUAUGUAUAUUGUAAAAUGACAUAUAUUUUUUAUAUCAUUUCAAAAUGUUUGUGUUGUAUAUGGUACAUAAAUACAGUGUUUGAGCAGAGAGGAAUGCUAA